AACAACUCCUGCGCCCACAAUGAAGCAGAGAUUCUCAUCGCUAGACGUCAAGGUCAUCACGCAGGAGCUGGCCGCGGAGCUGGUCAACCUCCGCGUGUCCAACAUCUACGACCUCUCCUCCCGUAUCUUCCUCUUCAAGCUUGCCAAGCCAGAUCACCGGCGCCAACUAAUCGUCGACUCCGGCUUCCGCACCCAUGUCACACAAUACUCCCGCACCGCGGCGUCCGCUCCUUCGCCCUUCGUCACCCGCCUGCGCAAGUACCUCAAGUCUCGGCGCAUCACCAAUAUAACUCAGAUCGGAACGGACCGCGUCAUCGACAUUUCCUUCAGCGAUGGCACUUACCACCUAUUCCUCGAGUUCUUCGCGGGCGGCAACAUCAUUCUCACGGAUCGCGAGUACACUAUCAUCGCGCUAUUCCGACAGGUCUCCGCCGUUGAGGGCGAAGAAGCGAAGUUAGGAAUCAAAUAUACGGUGACGAAUAAGCAGAAUUACGGGGGGGUGCCUGAUAUCACAGAUGAGCGGGUGAAGCAGACGCUGGAGAAGGCCAAGGCAGUGUUUGCGAGUGAGGAAGGUGCGCCGAAGAAGUCGAAGAAGAAGAAGAAUACGGAUGUUCUACGGAAGGCUCUUUCUCAGGGUUUCCCAGAGUAUCCUCCGCUUCUAUUGGAUCAUGCGUUCGCGGCGAAGGAGUUUGAUCCGGCAACGCCGCUUGAUAAGGUCUUGGGGGAUGAGGCUGCCCUGCUGAAGGUUAGGGAUGUGCUCGAGGAAGCUCGGCGGGUUUCGGAUAGCUUCAGCGUUGCCGAAAACCAUCCGGGGUAUAUUGUUGCCAAGGAGGAUACGCGAGCUUCCGCUGAUGGUGAGAGUGCCUCGAAGACCCCUGGUCUGUUGUACGAGGACUUUCAUCCGUUCAAGCCGCGGCAGUUCGAGGGCAAGCCGGGGAUCACUAUUCUGGAGUUUGACCGAUUCAAUGCUACGGUUGACGAGUACUUUUCGUCUUUGGAGUCACAGCGUCUAGAGUCCAGGCUGACGGAGAAAGAAGAGGCUGCCAAACGCAAGCUCGAAUCUGUUCGAGAUGAGCACCGGAAACGCAUUGACGCCCUGAAAGACGCGCAGGAGCUGCACAUACGCAAGGCUGGCGCAAUUCAGGAUAACAUGUACCGAGUUCAAGAGGCGAUGGAUGCUGUCAAUGGUCUUGUGGCGCAAGGCAUGGACUGGGGCGAGAUUGCGCGUUUGAUUGAAAUGGAACAGGCUCGGGGCAACCCAGUUGCACAGAUCAUCAAGCUUCCGCUGAAGCUGUAUGAGAACACUGUCACUCUUCUGCUUGCUGAGGCCGGUGACGAUGAGGAUGAUGAGAACGCGGAAGACCUCUCUUCUAGCGAUGAAUCCGAAUCGGACUCGGAAAGUGAAGAGCGGGAGGAAAAGCGACGUGCAGACGCUACUUCGAAACUGUUGUCCAUCGAUAUCGAUCUCGGUCUGACGCCGUGGGCAAACGCUUCACAAUACUACGAUCAGAAGAAACAAGCAUCUGAGAAGCAGCAGCGAACUGCCCAGUCAUCCUCAAUGGCUCUUAAAAGUCACGAAAAGAAGGUGACAGCCGAUCUCAAAAAGAGUCUCAAACAGGAGAAGCAGGUUCUACGCCAGGCCCGCGUGCCCUUCUGGUUUGAAAAGUUUGUCUUUUUCAUCUCCUCGGAAGGCUACUUGGUUAUUGGUGCUCGAGACGCAAUGCAGAGCGAACUCUUGUACCGCCGUUAUCUCAGCAAAGGCGACAUCUUCAUCCACGCCGACCUCGAAGGCGCGCUUCCAAUCGUCGUCAAGAAUCGCAGCGGAAACUCAGACGCGCCAAUUUCCCCCAGCACACUCUCGCAAGCUGGAAACAUGUGCGUGGCAACCUCUACAGCAUGGGACUCCAAGGCCGUGAUGUCCGCAUGGUGGGUGCAUGCCCAUCAGGUCUCCAAGACUGCGCAGGUGGGCGGUGGCAUCUUACCUACGGGUCGAUUCGAGGUGAAGGGCGAGAAGAAUUUCCUUGCUCCUUCGCAGCUGGUUCUGGGAUUUGCUGUUCUAUGGCAGAUUAGCCAGGAUAGCGUGAAGAAUCACAAGCGGCUGUUUGACGCAGCAACGGACAGUGUGGGUGUAGAGAUUAAGGAGGCAACUCGGGAUGAGCGAGAGACCGCCAUAAAAGAAACUGAUCAGCAACCCGCUCCUGAGGAAGAGGCUGCUGCUACUACUGUUGACGACGAGGUUCCUCGAGAUGAGCAGCAGGGAAAGGAUGAAUCCGGGGAUGAGGAGGAUGCAGAAGAAAAUGAGGAGGAUCAAGGUCCAGCUGGAAAUCCCCUUCAGCGUGGAAAAUCCGAACUCCCCGCCAGCUCAGAACAGCAGUCGCCCGAAUCCGACGCAGAGGACGAGGACGAUAAGGAGGAUCCAGAGCUGGAUUCCGUGCAAGAAGAGCAGGCUGCUGAGGAUAAUGACGACGCAUUGUCAACUGCCAACCAAGAUGAUGCUUCUCCACAAAACGAGAGAGGGCAGCUCUCAGCCGGCGAACGACGUACCCUCCGACAUGGCAAACCCAGCGACCGACCUGGCAAGGAGGAACCGGCUGCACCACGCGUUCCUCAGACCCGAGGAAAGAAGGCCAAAGACAAGCGUGCAGCAGCCAAGUACGCCCAACAAGACGACGAAGAGCGCGAACUAGCUCUCCGCCUCCUCGGCUCCAACAAAGGCAAAGCCGCAAAGGCCGCCCAGGCCGCCGAAGCGAAAGCGCAACGUGAACGCGAAGCCGAAGCGCAAAAAGCCCGUCGUCGCGCACAGCACGAACGCGCCGCAGAAGCCGAACGCAAGCGCCAGGCUCUCUUUGAAGAAGGCGGCGAUGAUUACAACGAGGAGAUUGCGGCCGCCGAAGCCGCAGAUCUCAGUUGGUUGCCGGCGCUAGUCGGCACGCCCUCACCGGACGACGAGAUUCUUGCUGCGAUCGCGGUUUGUGCACCGUGGGCCGCGCUGGGACGGUACAAGUACAAGGUGAAACUGCAGCCUGGUGCGGUUAAAAAGGGUAAAGCUGUGAAGGAGAUUGUGGGACGAUGGGUGUCGGAGACGACGACGGGCAAGGUGAAGAAGGAGUAUGCGGAGGAUUUGGGGAUUUCGCGGGUUGAUGCGGAGAAGUUGCGGGAGAAGGAGGGAGAAUUGAUUAAGGGGUGGAAGGAGACGGAGAUUAUCAAUACAAUGCCGGUCGGUAAAGUGCGUAUUAUGACGCCUGGAAGUGGUGGUGGUGGAGGUGGAGGGGAUAAAGGGAAGGGUGGAAAGGGUGGUGGUGGUGGGCGAGGAGGGAAGGGAGGGAAGAAGAGAUAGAGAUGGAUAGAGCUGGAGACUGAGGGGAAUCCUUUGUAUGGGUGGUAUUUUGUAUGGGUACUUUGGGUAGUUUGGAGAUAUUAGGUGUGCCUGCUCGUAGAGGCAUUGAAUGGCAAAGUUAUGAUGAGUCUUGGUACCUCCGGUCAAGGUUGUAUCAAGAAUUUUUGUCCAAGGA